AUGGUCGCUUCUGCUGGUCAACCUACUCGUCUCUACGUCAAGGGUGUGUUCCUAGGCUACAAGCGCGGGCUGCGCAACCAGUACUCGCACACGGCACUGGUGAAGAUCCAGGGCUUGACGGACAAGAAGGAUGUGGACUUUUACUUGGGCAAGAAGAUUGCGUACAUCUACAAGGCCAAGUCGUUGAAGAAUGGCACGCAAUUCCGUGUCAUAUGGGGCAAGGUCGUGCGUGCUCACGGCAGCAAUGGCGUUGUGCGUGCGAAGUUUGCCAAGAACUUGCCAGCUGAGGCGAUGAGCAAGAGCGUGCGUGUCAUGCUGUAUCCGAGCCGCGUUUAA